GCAUAAGACUCUUACAACGAAAGUCUUAAGAUUGCUUAUUAAUUAGAUUGUACAUGCCAUCGAGAGCUUUUUAAUAUUUACAAUAGAGAGAUUUUGGAACACCUUGAGUCUCUCAAAAUAAUCCUUGGCAGCAUAUUUUAUGGUGACAGCUCAUCUUUUCCUAGAAUGCUCCUAUUACCAUAGUCUCCAAAGUUUUCGCUUUCAUUGGUAGAGCAAUGGAGAGGAGUAGUGCACUUUUUUGUCUGAAUCACAGUAUUAGAAUGAUCUUUUUUAGGGUGAAAAUUAAUCAGGACAGAUCUUUUGUUAGUGAAUACUGUCUUCAAUGAAAUAUUUUCUAUGUUACUUAGAGGUUUAGGUCUUCAAGCAUCAUCUUUUGUUUACCUUUGGGCUAAAUAUCUUUUCAGAAACACUCUUCUGGUAUCAGGUCUCAUUGUGUUCUUCAAAGGAUCAAACUUUUCUGGAGCAGCUCCCUAACCAGCUUUAAAAUCUUGGUUGAGAUUUGAAACUUCUUCUUUGUAUUAUAAUUUGAUCAAUACCCACUUCUCUAUUUAAAACCUCGUCUCAUCCCUAAAACUUCCUCUCUUCCUUACUCUCCUACUUCCAAACCUUAUUUCCCUUCAUCUAAACCUCUUCCUCACCCCAUUUCCUCCGAUCCCAUCCUCAUCAAUACCCCCUAUCCCACCCCUAUAAAUUCUACUUCCCAACCCCCAAGCCCCUUCUACUCCCUCACCCUCCUAUUUUACGCUUGCCCACCUCUCUUGCCCCAAAACCUCUGCUUUGGCUUAACUGGUCCUACUCGGAAUCUCUCUCUGCACUGGUUUUAGUUAUUACUUAGCCAAAUUUGUGACUAAUAAUGUGAUGAUUGGGUAUUUAAGGACGAAGUAUUACUUUUGGUGGUCUUACAUCGUCUACAUAUUUUGUGAUCUUUUUAACAUACAGGAGUUGGUUAUAACUCAUGUCAAGUCACAAAAGAUCUUGAAGCUCUUGUCUAAUUUCUUCAGUAAGGCUCUACUCAGAAGUAAUUUUGUCAUUUUCUUCAAUAAGUCUAAAGAAGUCAUCAGUAGAGAUAAUAUCAACAGUAGCCUCCCUCUUUGAGGAUUUAACUAACUGUUCAUACGUAAAUUCAUUUAAGAACUCAGUUACAGUGAUUCCUUCUGAGUCAAGGAAGAUAGAUAGAUUCAAUAGCAGGUUCCUCGCACAAUCUGAGAGAUCACUCAAAUUAUUAAUUUUCUUCCUAGGCUUUAUUUCCUCAACAGUCUUGGUAAUCUCUUGAACUGGAGGGGUCGGCUUCUGCUCUGAAAAUUCUUGAGUCGGUUCGUUUUGAAAUCCUUCUUUGUAACAUAUUCCGUUCUCCUCCAAUACUUUGAUAAAAGCCUUGUUGAUCUUUUUCAUCAUUAAGAGAUCUGGAUAAUGAGAAUCCAGACACAAUAGAUCCUGAAGCUCUUGCUUCACUGUAUCUGUGGGAAAACUGGAAGAGAUUUCUUCCAUAUGCUCUUCAAUAAGAUUGAAGAAGGAGUCAACAGGAAUUAGCCAUACUUUGCUUGUCUUUGUUGCUGAUUUAAUAAGUUGCUCAUACUUAGAAUCUUUGAAAAAAUCUCCUGUUGUCAUAUUCUGGAGUUUCAGGAAAAGACCGACUUUUAAGAGAAAGUUUUUGGACUCUUUGCAUAGAUGAGUAAGAGUCAAGACUAUCUUUGGGUUUUCUGAUUUGAUCUCAAAUUGAAUCUCGUCAAGGUUUGUUAUUGAGGGUUCUUCCGAUAUUUUAGGAGUUGUGACGGAUCAAAUCUGACAGUCCUCUUUAUAUGUCGUUCCAUGGGUUUCUCCAAUAGUUUUAAGAGCUUUAUCAAUCUUUAAAAGCAUCAACAGAUUCAUAUAAUGCCUAUCAAGGCAAAGAAGACUCUGAACCUCUUGCUUGAUUUCAUCAGUCAGACCCAAAGAAGUGUCUUUAUCUUCCCUCUCUUCUAAGGCUCCAAAAAAAUCGUUAGCAUCAAUAAGAUCUACUAUCCCUUCCUUCUUCUUAGUCUUCACCCUCUGUCCAAACACUUUCCCUUAAAAAAACUCCUUCACAGUCACCCCUCUCUCCCUCAUAAACCUCCCAACCCCUCUCAAAACCUCCUUUCACCCUACAGAAAUUCCUUCUAUUCCAAACUUCUCCUCCAAUAACUUCCAAUUCUU